AUGGACGGUCGCGCGCCCAAUCAGCCGCCGGCCAACUUCGAGGAUCAAUUCAGGUAUGAAGUCAAUACUUUCGAAUGCAAUAUUCCACUCCGCGGAUCUCUUUGGAGAUACUGACUCGGCAGCAGGCAAAUGGUCUUAAACAGUCCAUCAGAAAACACUCCACGAGUGCGCCUUCCGCCCCCUAACUACGGACCCAACUACGUUCAGCCACAGCCCAUACAGCCGCAAUACGAUGGCUCUCCUGCGUAUUGCGCUCCGGCUAUGCCACAGUAUCCGAGACGUGGACUGCCUGUUCAGCGACGACAUAUUGCACCAGACCCAAUGCAAGGCCCAGACCAGCCACCGCCACAACCACUGCCGCAUGCCAUGCCACCAUACAUACGACCUCGCGGCAAUGCGCAUCUAGGAGCACCACAAAAUAUGCAUCAAACUAACCAGCUUCAUUAUCAGCAGCUACAUUACCGCGGCCGUCCCGGGCAUGCGAGAGGUGCCGGCCGAGGAGGUCCUGGACAGAGACAGCAGCGGCAACAGCAGGUUCAACUCGAUCCGAACGCUUUCGCACGCGGUGGACGUGUACAGGGCCAAGUCCGGCCGCAUCUGUUCGAGCCCAAUGCUCAACUCCAAGACCCAAACUUCACGUACAAUGAUCAGCGCGAACUGCAGAAUCAAUAUCUCCAGGAUACUGUCCAGAAGGUGGUUCCUCCCGUAGAGAUGAGCCAAGCCGAGCGUGGUUCGAAGGAGACAUUCCAAGAAACCCUUCAGAAGCUCUGUCAUGAGCUGUGCGAAGAGAACCCAAAGCUGCCGAAGGUCCAACUUGAAUGCUUUGGUUCGUUUGCCAGCGGCUUCGCCUCCACAGGCUCGGAUAUGGAUCUUGCCCUUGUCGUACAAGAUCAGUCAUCUACCGAAGCGGUGUUCUCUAUGCUCGAAGAUGAUCUUCCACGCUCGCUCGAGAAGAAGCUACUACAGGCCGGCCACGGCGCACGCUUGCUGACGAGAACGCGAGUACCUAUCAUCAAGGUCUGUCAGAGCCCUGGUGCAAGUUUUCUGGAUAAGCUGGUUGUCGAGCGCGAGAGAUGGGAAUCCCUUCCUAUUGAGAAGAAGUACCCCCAUCUCUACCCGGAAGGCGACGAUGACGGCGAGGACGCCCCUCAGUCUACCGGAGGCGCGCGGGUGGAAGCUGCUGUGACAUCAGCUGCUGUACAGGGCGUCGUUGCGGACGCCUCAAUUAUUGAGACAAAGGACACUGUGACGAAAGAGAGCACACUCCGGGAAAUAUCGACAGGCACUUCAGAAACAGCACUGGAGACGGCGCACAUCGUCACCACGAACACUGAUACUUCUAAUCACGUGAAGCAAAAGCGCGAUUACAACAACACCUGGACACGCGAGAGGAAGCCGGGUCCCCUCGACUUUCCAAAAGAUGGCGUUGGCAUUCAAUGCGACAUCAACUUCUUUAAUCCACUUGGCCUUCACAAUACGCAGAUGCUGCGUUGCUACUCUCUGUGUGACCCACGAGUACGUCCCAUGGUGUUAUUCGUGAAGUCCUGGGCAAAGCUUCGGAAGAUAAACAGCUCCUAUUCUGGCACACUUUCUAGCUACGGCUUCGUGCUCAUGGUACUGCACUACUUGAUGAAUGUCGCACGGCCUCCGGUCAUUCCGAAUUUACAGCAUUCCUGGCGUCCUGACCGGCGAUGCACUCCUCGAGGUGCCAACAAGGUCGAAGUCGACGGUUGGGACGUUGACUUCUGGCGGAACGAGGAUGAGAUCAAGAGCGCAUUUCAAAUGGGCCAGAUGAGUUCCAACCAAGAGUCUGUCGGAUCACUAUUGGUCGGCUUUUUUCAGUACUUCUCUGCUCAGAUGCGCGGAGCACAGUUCAGAUGGACGACAGAAGUACUUUCCUUACGCACUGAGGGUGGCAUACUCACCAAGACAUCCAAAGGCUGGGUCAAGGCUACUACUGAGGAGAGCGGAGGCAAGAAGGUGCAGUAUCGCUAUCUGUUCUGCAUUGAAGAUCCAUUCGAGUUGGCGCACAAUGUUGCAAGAACUGUCACCCAUAACGGUAUUGUCGCCAUUCGGGACGAAUUCAGGAGAGCCUACCGGAUUCUCCUCCACGUUGGACAAGGACGUCCAUCGCAAGAAGGUGAGCUUUUCGCUGAACUUGUCGAAGCAGAACAGCCCGUUGAAACAUCGGACGGACUCAAGCCUCUGGAAGCCACGGCAGAUGCUAGUAAGUGGCGACCGGACAAUUCUGCCACGAAGCCGAUUCUUGAGACGAAGCAGGACAUAGCGCAGCGGCAGAAGCCCACCGACCGUGGGCAAGGCAAAGCGCGUGCAGACCUACCAAAGCAAGAUGCGAAGGCGAUCGACGUUGGAGAUCAGGAAGCAUUCCCAUCGCUCAGCGCUGCGUCUGCCCCCAGGAAGCGGCAAAAGGAGAAAGACAUGUCGUCCAUCGAUGGCAAGAAAGCUCAGGCGUACUUGGAGGAAUACCGGCGGAAGAAAGCUGAAGCUGAGGCGGAGCAGACCGCAAACCAGUCCGCUGAAUGGGUACUGCACGAUUGA